UCCACCGUCGUCCACCUCGCGCUGCCCCGCGGUCCUACCCGCAUUCGCACCGCCAGAAACACAGGAAUACAGCGGAACAUUGCCUCUAGCUCGAACGACCCACCGUGCACCUUUGCAUCUCCACGUCGUCUUUCGGCACCUUCGCAUCUCGUUCGCCAGUCUUCGGGACUCAGCAUAUGCCCUCGAGUCGCUCAGGUUUGCCUCACGGACAAACCACAUAACCUUACAACUGAAUGGCAAGCCCACACCCUUCGUAUCCCAACCCGGGGCCAUCGUCGUAUUAUCAUAAUCAGCCGCCUCCGCCUCCGCCUCAGUUCUAUCAUAAUGGACCACCCUACUACAAUCCGUACAUGCAGCCCGUGAACGGGCACGCGCCGAUGCACCAACCUGCAUCGCCUCGUAUCAACUCGCCCAGCCGAGGGAGGUACCCUGCUCCAUCGCAAAGGGGCGGUAUACCCAACUACCAGCACUACCCGCCUAUGCCUCCGCCGCCGCACAACAUGCAUCCUGGAGCGAACAUGCACUCACCGCCCAUCUCCCCGGUCAACCCGUACACCCACCCUCACGCACCGAAGUACCCACCGCACGUCCCUCAUGUUCCGUACUCUCCUACCUAUCACCCUCAGCCCAACGGAGGCUAUCACCCUAGUUGGCAACAGCCACCUCCUGUACCAAAACAGCUCUCGAUGCUGUCGCCCGCGAUGCGAUCACCGGUCCCAAUUCCUGCACAACACCUUCAGCAGGAACCCACUCCUGUGCAGAUUGCACCUCCACAACAGCUUGUCGUAACAGCUCAGCAAACCUUUUCUGAACAGCCUCUUGCUUCCCAGGAACCUACUCCGCUGCCUCCGCAAUUCGCCAUUGAACAGUCCCCUGCUCAACAGCCUCCGCCCGAGGUGCUGACUGAACCUACAGCUCCUGCGGUCCCUGAACCUGCCCCCGAAUUCGUUACUGAACCUGUAUCUGUACCGGAACCUGCUCCCAAACCGGUGGCUGCUAUCCCUGAGGCCCAGCCCGCACCAAGAACACCUAAAAUCGAAUUCCUGUCUGCACAGGAGAAUGUCGAUGACGAGACUCCACAGCCUGCGCCAUCUAGUUUCGCGGACGGAUCUGACCCCGCCUCGAGCGAGCCCUAUGGAUGGGUCAUCUGGUCGCGACGGCCUCAGGAUCCGUCGCACGCUCCCGGUGUUAUCAUAGCCACGAAAGCAUUCCCGCCCGGUGACGUCCUAGACAAGGCCCUUGACCUUCCGACGCCUCCACCUUCGCCCAAGGUCCCGUCUGUUAAACUUGCACUCACCGAGCCUGUAGUGUAUGAGGUUGAGCCUGUCGAAGAGCUCGUCGCCUUGUCGCCCGACGAAGGGGAGGUGCCCUCAUCCUCGGUGACGGAGUCGACGCCGGCCUCUUCGACCCCUGGUGAGACGCCUGUUCCAGGUUCACCAGCCACUUCUCGUACUUCUGUCUCUCUCCCUGUCGUGUCUCCUACUCCCGAGAAGGUUGUUGACGCGGUCAAGCCUGAAGAAUCCGCUGCGGCACCUUCGUCUGCUGAGGCCAACACUGUCCAACCUCCAGGGACCGCGGCCCCUGCUGUACCUUCGGUUCAGGCGGAAGCACAGCAGGGCCCUGCGCCAGCGCCCGCGAAGCCCGCUGUCAAGAAAUCAUGGGCAUCUCUUCUGCAGUCGGGCGAUGCUGCCGCUUCGUCAUCGAAGUCGCGUCUUCCAACGUCUUCUGUAGUUGGGUUCUCUAUCCCCGCUACUGCCAUGGGCGGCUCGUCCGCAGGUUUGAGCGCCGUCUCCGGUGGGAACCCAGCUAUUCUCCACCGCAACGAUCUCCUCAAGCUCCUGAACAACGGUCCUCCGCCGGCGAACGUGCCGCCCAAGAUCCAGCCGCGCGGUCUCAUCAACACGGGCAACAUGUGCUUCGCGAACGCCGUCCUACAGAUCCUCAUCUAUUGCCAGCCAUUCAACCGGCUGUUCAGCGAGCUGAGCAAGCACCUUACGGGUCCAGUGGUGGGCUCGCAGAAGGAGGGCUCGAAGGCGACGCCACUUGUGGAUGCGAUCAUUCAGUUCAUGAAGGAGUUCGCACCGGAGCCGCCUGCGGACACGAAGGCGAAGGGGAAGGAGCGCGAUGACUUCUACGAGCCGGAGGCGUUCAUCCCGUCGUAUGUGUAUGAUGCGAUGAAGGAGAAGAAGCGAUUCGCGAGCAUGAUUGGCGGACACCAAGAAGAUGCGGAAGAAUUCUUGGGUUUCUUCUUGGAUACACUCGAGGAAGAGCUGUUGUCAUUCUCUUCGUCUUCAUCGCCGAGCGCACCGAAGCCAUUGGAAGAGACUGAUGGUGCAGGUGCGCAGGACGAUGGAUGGUACGAGGUAGGCAAAAAGAACCGGGCUAUGAUCACCCGCUCGGUUAAGUUCACAGAGUCGCCCAUUACCCGUAUCUUCGGAGGCAAGUUCCGCUCAGUGCUGCGCGCACCUCACCAAAAAGAUUCUGUGACCGUUGAGGACUGGCGGUCGCUCCGACUAGACAUACAGCGCGAUACGGUGCACAGCAUCAAGGAUGCGCUGCAGUCCAUCUCGCAACCUCAGCCUGUCCAGAUCAGUCAGCCGACGCGCCCAGGCGUAAUUAUUGAGGCUACCCAGCAGGCCCUGAUUGAACUGCUCCCACCCGUGUUGGUGUUGCACCUGAAGCGCUUCCACUACGACACGACCGUAGGGGAUGUCGUGAAAAUUGGCAAGCAGGUGUCGUACGGACCCGAGUUGGACAUCAGCCCAGAUCUCAUUGCACCGACCAGGCGAACAGCUCAGUCCGUCAAGUAUCAGCUCUUCGGAGUGUUGUACCACCAUGGCCAAUCCGCAUCCGGAGGUCAUUAUACUCUGGACGUACUUCAUCCCAACCGGGAUCUCACUGAUCGCCCUCGCGCGGCCUGGAUCCGCAUCGACGACGAGCUGGUGUCUGACAUCCGGCCCGACGACGUCUUCGGCGGGCAGGAGCAAAACGAGCGUUGCGCAUAUCUGUUGUUCUAUAGGAGAAUGGCUGCCUGGGGCCCUGUACGGACAUAGCUGUUGCAUCUGUACUUCAUGCUAUCGUAGUGGAAUACAUUGUCUAGUUUUCGUUGCAUCUGAAGUGCCGGUGCGUGCUCACACGGCA